AUGUCGAGUCUUGUUCGACCCGUUCGUCCGACCUCGUUAAACGUUAGCCUCGCAAACACCUCAUCAAUGGGUACAAGGCCUAGAAGACCCAGCAUUGUCAAGGUCGAAAAGGUCGGCGACCGCUCUCUCGACGUUCUUGACCAGAAUACCUACUUCAAUCACAACGCAAACUGGGUCAACGCAAAAGGGGCAUGGCUUAUUCACAUCGUACUCAUUUGCCUUGGGAAAAUCAUUAUUGACACGAUGCCAGGAAUGACCCAUCAGGUUAGCUGGACCCUCGUCAACCUCCUUUAUCUUGCGUUAUCGUAUUUGAUGUUUCAUUGGGUUACCGGCAUUCCAUUCCAAUCUGAUAUGCAUGGAGGAGCCUACGACGACCUUACCUUAUGGGAACAGAUCGACGAUGGUGAACAAUAUACUCCUGCAAAGAAAUGGCUAUUCUCUGUCCCGUGCAUCCUGUUUCUUGCCUCUACUCACUAUACCAAUUAUAAUCCAUGGUUAUUCGCCAUCAACAUAACAGCUCUGAUAUUCGUCCUCAUUCCGAAAUUACCCCAGUUCCACCGUCAAAGGGUCCGAUUUAUGGCCGAUGGUACACAGUCUGGAAUGGCCACACCAACUGGGACUGGAUCCGGUGCUUCCACACCCGGUCUGCAAGGUGGCCCUACGUUGCGCGAUAUCACUGAUGCUCAUUUCGGUUAG